AUGAAUGCUGGCGACUUUUCGUCGGCGGAGGAAGAUGCAAUUGAGGGGAGCUCAUCCGCGAUUGCCAAACAGGAAGAGUUAUUCGACACUCCACCAAGCAGCUUGAUCGUUGAUGUGUCUGGUUUCUCUCCAGAAGCAGACUCUUUGCCUUCGACGAUAGAUCCGACUACUGAUUCAUGUUCAUCGUUCUUGUCGAGUGAUUUCUCUGAUGAUGAGUUUUCUGGAGAAGAGUGUCGAGUGCCACCGCUUGUUCGAAGGUUUUCAAAUAGUUUGAAAGUGAACGGUCAGCUUAAUGAACUUGGAUCAGCUGCAGAGAAAUGCUCUUCUGCUACGAGUCUG